ACAGACAUCUAUAGAGUAUAUGCAUUGUUAGCAAUUAAUUAACAAUUUUAUCAAAUCAUUAAUAGUGUUAAUGUAAGCGCUUUUUGAAGCGUUUGUAAAAUAUGAGUGAAAAGCAUUUGAGAAACAGAUUGAUAGCAAUUAACACUAAGAGAGACACGACUUCCCAUCAUAUGAUGUCCCGAAACACCGAUAAUCACACCGAUUAUCAACCAAUGGACGACCAUAUGAGUGAUGACGACGAUCACAGUGGGGAUGAACUCGACAGUGAUAAACAAACUGAUGACAAAGCCGUCAGAUCCAAGUUUGCCACUAAUGACAGACAAGAACUUAUUGAACUCAUCUAUAGUGAAGAUGUUAUUAAGUUCAGCAAAAAUAAUGCUUUAAGACAUAAUAAUAGUCUUCAUCGACAUUCAGAUAGCGAUAGUGACCAACAAAACGAUGAAAUGAUGACAUCAUUCAUCAACAGCGAUAAGAAACCGCUUCUGGAUUUGGUUAAUAAAAAGAAGAGUCGAUUGAAGAGAAAAUCAUAUAAAUCUGAGUAUCUGUUGACCGACGACUCUGAUGACCAUUCAGACCAUCAAAUUGUUUACGAAGAAGGGAUUAUAUCACUGUAUUUUCAAGUUUUUGUACCAUUUCUUAUCGCCGGUUUCGGUACAGUUGGUGCCGGACUUGUCUUGGAUUACGUGCAGCACUGGGAUGUAUUCAAACAAGUAUCUGAAGUGUUUAUUUUGGUACCGGCGCUGUUGGGUCUUAAGGGAAAUCUUGAGAUGACUUUGGCCUCACGUUUAUCAACUCAGGCCAACUUAGGCCACAUAGAAACGGGUCGCGAACAGUGGCAAAUCGCGUCGGGAAAUAUAGCAUUAAUUCAGUGUCAGGCGACAAUCGUAGCCUUCUUGGCCGCCAUAUUUGCCAUAACCAUGGAUUGGUUACCCGAAGGAGACUUCAACUUUUCUCACGCUCUACUGUUAUGUGCCUCAAGUCUAUUGACAGCCAGUAUCGCCAGUUUUAUUUUAGGAUUAUUAAUGAUAGUUGUAGUAAUUGUAUCACACAAAUGCCGCAUAAAUCCCGACAAUGUGGCCACACCUAUAGCUGCAUCUUUAGGAGAUCUGAUAACUUUAGCUCUUUUGGCCAAAUUUAGUGAUAUGUUGUACUAUACUGUUGAGACGAGUUCCUGGCUUUGUGUUGCCAUUAUUGUUGUAUUUCUUUUAUUGAUUCCCGUUUGGUGUUAUUACGCCAAUAAAAAUAAAUAUACCAAUGAAGUCCUAUAUAAUGGUUGGACACCAGUUAUCAGUGCAAUGGCUAUAUCCAGUAUUGGUGGUUGCAUUUUAGACUUUGCUGUUUCACGAUUUAAAGGCAUUGCAGUCUUUCAACCUGUAAUUAAUGGCGUUGGUGGAAAUUUAGUUGCCGUACAAGCCAGUAGGAUAUCAACUCAUUUGCAUAAGAAUUCAAAGUUAGGAAUUUUACCUAAAAGUGAUGCAAAACUUUGUUUUAAUCCCUGUUCAGCUUUCUUUGGAAAAAGCAUUCACGCGCGUACAGCUCGCGUACUAAUAUUAAUGGUAAUUCCGGGUCACAUAAUCUUCACGUAUGGCAUUAGGUUUCUUCAGGCCGGACACACAUCCAUUACCUUUCAUUUUCUAGUCGUUUAUUUAUUGGCGGCAUUACUACAAGUCAUACUUUUAUUAUAUUUUGCUCACACAAUGAUUCUCUAUAUGUGGAAAAAGGCUGUCGACCCGGAUAAUUCAGCCAUACCCUAUUUGACAGCAUUGGGUGAUUUGUUAGGAACGGCACUUCUAGCCAUUGCUUUUUUAAUACUGUUUUCUAUAGGAGACAAGGAUUCAGAUGUCGGCGAUUGAU